AUGCGGACACUUCUCGUGCUCGCCAUCACUUGUGCGACUGCCUAUGCCAGCUUCGACAAAAUUAAGGAUCAAAUUCAGAAUCCACUAGCAAGAGGAUUUGGUGAUGAUAUUAAAUGGGUCAAAUGGGAGGAUGCUAUUGAAACUGCGUUGGAUGAGAACAAACCAAUCUUCUUGCUCAUCCACAAGUCGUGGUGUCAUGCUUGCAAAGCUUUGAAGAAGACCUUCCAACAAUCGAACGCGAAGAAGGCUUUCAAGAAGCUGUCCGAAUACUUCGUCAUGGUUAACACCGAAGACGAUGAUGAGCCAUAUGAGGAGGAAUACCGGCCGGACGGAAAAUACAUUCCACGCUUGUUGUUCCUCGACAAGAACGGCGAUCUUCUCCCAGAGUUCAAGAACAAGAAGGCUGAAUACAAGAACUAUGCCUACUACUAUUCAUCACCGGCCGAUAUUCUCAACUCAAUGAAGAGUGUGCUCAAGCAUUUCGGAAUCGAGGUUCCAGAACUCAAGAAGGGCGAGAAGCUGAAGCCGAAGAAGCCGCAAGGAAAGAAGGACGAGCAGAAGAAGGAGAAGAAGGAGCUCUAG